AUGGCCGCUGUCUGCGAUUUGAGCGAGAGCGGGAGAGAGCUGGAGUAUCAUAAUGGUAGGCGUGUUUCUUUUUGGUUUGAUAAUUGGUUAUGCAUGAAACCUCUGAUCAAUCAAAUCACACGGCCUAUACCAAGUAUUUCCCAUGAGUGGCAUGUGAUAGAUGUUUUGAAUGGGGAUUCCUGGGAUUUCAGAUUAUUGUCUAAUUGUUUACCAACUGAGGUUUUGGAUGAUUUAAAUCUGUGUUGUCUUCCUAGAGAUGAGCUGGAGGAUGACAUCCAGAUUUGGAAUCUUGCUGGCAAUGGCCAAUUUUCUUUGGCUUUAGCUUAUUUGGCUCUUUUGGACUUGGGAUUUAGCGAUGAUCAUGGUUAUUGGGAUCUGGCCUGGCAAUGGCAAGGCCCUCAACGUAUCCGGGCAUUUCUUUGGCUUUGCAUGCACAAUAAACUUUUCACAAAUUAUGAUCGCAAUAGACGACAUUUAACAAAUGACUCAAGUUGCCAUGUUUGUCACAAUGGCGUGGAAUCCAUCUUUCAUGUGUUACGGGAUUGGUUGUUAACCAAAGCCUUAUGGUUGAAAUUCCUACCCCGCUCGAAUAAUGCCAAGUUCUUUGAUCUUAACCUCAAAGAUUGGAUGGUCUGUAAUUUAAGGAAUAGUUUUACAGCCAGGGAAAAUUUGGAAUGGAGAAUGCUCUUUGGGUUUGCCUGUUGGUACAUUUGGAAAUGGCGCAACAAUUUGGUCUUUAAUAAAGCUCGGGUAGAUUGUUCCUUGAAGCCUAAAAUCAUCCUCCAUGCAGUUCAUGCUUGUGUGGCAGCUUUUGAUGCUCUUGCUACAGUUGGGGAGGUGAAUGCAGUACGCAGAGAGGCCCUUAUCAGCUGGAUUAGACGGUCGAUGGAAGCAUGGAAGAAUGGGUGGCGCAAGGUUCAGGUCCAAGUUGACAAUUCAGUUGUCGCUUGGAUUUUCAACAAAAAUUCUUUGAAGUCCAUUCAGAAUGGGAAUCUCAUAUCUCGGGUCCAAAUGCUUCUGUAUCAAGACUGGCAAGUCCAAAUUCUUCUUGUUUACAGGGAAGCUAAUACUAUUGCUGACCACAUGACCAACUUGGCUUUUGUUCAGAUAGAUCGUUUCAUUUGGACAGCAGUAAAUGCACAGCUGGUUAAAAGUCGUUUCACAACGGGUGCCGCUUCAGGAUCUUUUACUUCUACAUCUUUCGACCCCGUCACGAAACAUGAGUAUGAAUACACGAUGGUUGAGAAAAAUCCAAAAAAGAAAGGUUAUAUUCGGCUGCAGAUGACCCAUGGUGAUCUGAACAUUGAACUACAUUGUGAUAUUACUCCGAGGACAUGUGAAAACUUCAUCACACUUUGUGAAUGUGGUUAUUAUAAUGGAGUUGCUUUUCAUAGAAACAUAAGGAACUUCAUGCUUCAAGGCGGUGAUCCAACUGGGACUGGGAUAGGAGGUGAGUCCACAUGGGGGAAGCCUUUCAAAGAUGAAUUAAAUUCUAAGUUACUUCAUUCUGGAAGGGGCAUUCAUUGGAAAAAGUCCCUCUUGAUGAUGAUGACCGACCUUUGGAAGAGGUUAAGAUUGUCAGUGCAGAUGUCUAUGUCAAUCCGUACACAGAACCAGAUGAAGAGGAGGAGAAAGAGAGAGAAAGAGAAGGCCAAUUAUGAGAAGAAUGCCGAGGAUGAAGAAAAUGAUAAGAUCGGUUCAUGGUACAGCAAUCCAGUUACAGGAGCAACAGGGACUCCUGCUGUGGGCGAUGGCGUCAGAAAAUAUUUGAAAGCAAGGAUUGGGCAGGUAUCAUCUACCACUGCUCUCGACAGUGAUAUGCCGACAGUUUCUACAGUAAAGAAAAGAUAA